CACUCGAGGCCAGAUGGUCGAAGCGGCAACAGCUGCUUUCCCCGACCAUUAUCUCGGUCGACGCACCGACCGCCAGAACACUGAUUAGCAUGACUGACGAAAAUUACCAAUGCGCACAAGCAAUUCGGACCGCGGCUCACUUCCUUCGGCGGUCAAGAUCUCGUGCGUUCCGCAAUGCACACAAACUCAUGCCGGGUGGUGGCGAUCGCGGGCAGCGUUUUGCGCUAGGUCAGCACCCAUAUAGUCUGAUCUGGAAAGCCCCUCCGAGUGCGUGCACCGACCAUCCCCUAUCGACGAGCUCUGAAACCACCCGCAAUACACCACGGCUGCCAACAUGGCUGGCGAAAAACAGCCCUCUUGAGGUGCUCGCGAAUCGAUCAUUCCAAGCAGGAGGAAAUUUUUUGCCCGGCGUCGAGUCGUGAGUUUCGACCGCAACUUCCUCCCUGCAGUUUGUUGGUGCGCGAUGCGUCGUCCGGGGGAGGCCGCUCAAAUGCACGCCCGCCACCCCUUCCGCUGCGAUGCCGAGGGGUUGGCCACGGUCGUGUGUCUGCAAUAGUGUCGCAUACCGAGGGCUGCCCACACGACAGCACCAGCCAGGAUGUGGGAGUGGGCGUACGUCGGAAUCAACGCUUCAGUCCCUGGGGAUGGAGGGCCCGAGUGUGCAGCUUACCUCAGCAAAAGGGUCAUUUGGAUCGAGACAGUUUACACAAGUGUCAUCGCGUCGCUGCUAAUCGCGUGGGGUUGGCGACGGCUCACCUUCUACCAACCGCCCGACUACAAAGUGCCCACGCCGCACCGUCCAAUCUACUCGCAACAGCAGCUGCAAACCAGAACCUACCUCUUGCUGCUCUACAGCUUCAUUUGGGGCGUCGAGGUGGGCUUCAAGUUUGCCUCCCAAACUGUCUUGUACCUCCUAAAUCCAUGUCACAUCGUCACACUGAUUCAGUUGUACCUUUUGGCUGCACCUCCCAGUAAAACUGCGAGUGGUUGGUUCCGCCUGCAUCUUAACUACCUAAACGGUGCAAUCCUGGCUUUUGUUUUCCCAGUCACAGACUCGAGACAGCUACCUUUUGAGACUGUCACAUACUGGUUACAACACUCAAUGAUGCUCAUUGUACCUGCAUAUCUCAUCAAAAUCAAAGGUGUUUACACAGUUGAGUCUGCUCGUGAUUUUAGUUGGAACGCCUUGGCUUAUGGAUUCAUCCUUCUGUACCACUUCCUUGUACUCAGUUUUGUAGGAAGGCCGUUUGAAGUUAACUUGAACCACAUGCUGUGCCCUCUUCCUGCGGACCCGUUCAACGGCCAGUGGUACAGGUCGGCCGCGGUGAUUCACGAAGCUCUCCUAUGUCCACUGUGCAGCAAGAUGAUGUGCCUUUUCCAGGGCUUCAUUAACAAGGGAGAUUCCUACGAAAUUGCCUGUGCCAAAGACGAGAAUCAAACAUCGGACAAGACUUCUCUCCACGGAGGGGCGAAGGAGGAAAACGGUUCAGCGAUGACCGGCCACCCUCACGCGGAGUAAUUUGCAAAAGCCCCUAGCUGUGGCUCAUAUAUGAUCUCACUCUGGCAGAGAAAACGCUCACAUGAACGACUUGCCACAGCUAUUCACUCGAGUAAUUUAAAUUUGACUGCUAAAUCAGUAACUUUGUAGAAGGCCUUAAGCGAAGUCUGUAAUGGAUCUUGUUAAAGUUUUGAUCAGAGAGAGUGGGUUUUAAGGAUUGCAGAGGGUUAAAAUAUUGCGUGUAUUUUAAAAGUUGUCAUUGUUAGAUGAUUCUAUAAUCGGAUUACGACAAAUUGAAAUGAAUCGACACUCAUCCACGGUUGUGACAGAGCAAAUAGAUAGAAGUGUGUGUUUCUGGACAGAUGUGUCAUUUCUAAGAGAACGGCUAAUUAUAUGAAAUGUUGUGAAUUAUAUAGAAACAUUUCUUGAUUUGUAUCAAAUCAAGAUCAAAAGAGCAUUGUUUAGAAAAGAGUGUGUUGUUAUCAAUUUAUACAAUUUGUGGCCUCUUAAACAGACAUUUAUUGUGAUAGGCUUGCGAUUGUGCGGGGAGUGAAAUUGGCUACAAAUCCAUUUGAAAUGUUGAGCUACUUAAAGGUUUUGUGGUGACAAUGAUGUGAGUAUGGUCUAACGGCUUGAUUUUAAUAUAAAUGAAUGCUGUGUCCAAAAUACUGUAUAAUAAUUAAAUAAUAAACGUUUAGGGAAAUAUAAACUCAA